AUGCAAUCUUGCGACCUAUGCAAGCCUGAGAAAUUCGAUAAGCAAGAUCGUUGGAUCAUCGCUUGUAGAUGCAAUGAAAAUCUGUCAUUAGCCCAGGAGUGGAAUUGGGCACAAUCGGAAGAGGAUAGAAAGUCUUUCACGUUAUUUGAGGAUAACAAGUCAGUUGUAUUUCAUCCGCGAAGCAGUCUAGGUACGGCUGUUGUUCGAGGCUCUGAACUUCUCAGCUCCGGUAUCCAUUAUUGGGAGUUGAAAGUUAUUUCUCCAGUGUACGGUACCGAUGUGAUGUUUGGUAUUGGUCUUGCGGAUGUUUGUCUUACUGCCUACCAUUCCCGUUUUGUGUCAUUCCUUGGUUUGGAUAAUAAAACCUGGGGACUUGGUUUCCGAGGCCAGUUACAGCAUAACAAACGUCUCAUACACCCUCUCGGAGCGUCUUUUACACGAGGCGAUCUCGUCGGCUGUCUUCUGGACCUCUGGCACAGAAAACUCACCUUCUUUGUUAAUAGAAUAGCUAUCACCGACCCAAUUGGGCGACCAUCAUCCGGUGAUCGCGCCCGGAUUCGACGCGCCAUGCAUACCUCACGUCGACAAACUACUGAGGUGGGCUACAUAUCCCCCACCUCCUUGUCGUCAACACCGCCUUCUAGCUCCCUUGCGGAUCCUCUCAGAAGCCAAAGUCAACCCCCUUCUGGCGACGCUUCGGUUCAGAGUGAGUUAUCGAGACAACGAAGUGGUGAAGGCCUCCUUCACACUGAGUCGACAAGCUAUAUGAAUCCGCGUGUGUCCACAUUGGCAGCGCCGGCUUCACCUUGCACCAUUAGUACCGCCGGUGGUGCCAACCAUUUGCGAUCCCGCUAUCGAUCCGCUUCUUCGAUUUCAUCUACCUCCGGCCAGCGACGUUCAACCGAUUUUGGCGUUGGAGGAGCUGAAAGCCUCGUAGGUAGCGAGGACUCCUCCACCUCUGAAUUCCAUCCCCUUGCACCCAGGGAUAUUGGCAGUAGUGGGGUGGGAGGCGGAGCAUUACGACGCAAUGAGGGUGCCAGUGUCACUGGUCCACAGCUCUCUUCGCUCGUCGUACGCACUCGACACGCUUCGACCGAAGUGCCGCCUUCACCACAACCGCCACCCUCACCACCGCCCGAGUCACCCGUCGUUUUUCGGUUACGGCAGGAAAGCGCUUCGAACGCCCUAGUCGCUACCAAAAAAACCGUAGCCGUGAAUCAUGAUCCCGAAUCCGACCACGACUUGUACCCCGGUGAGAGCUCUCGUCUGCCCUUUCGCGGCGAAGAUCAAAUGCAACGUGUCUUCCACAGCCUCAAUGAGAUGCGUCGGCAGAAUCUUCUCUGUGACGUUGUCCUCAAGGCCGGUAGUGUGGAGGUUCCUGCCCACAAGAAUGUCCUAGCUGCCAGUUCACCAUACUUUCACGCCAUGUUUACUGGCGAUAUGACAGAGAGUCGAGCGCCUACCGUCACCAUUGGCAAUAUCGACGGGACUGCUUUGAGCCUUCUCGUUGAUUUUAUCUAUACUGCUGAAGUCCUCAUUACCGAGGAGACCGUUCAGUGUCUCCUACCGGCAGCCAAUCUCCUUCAGUUAACCAGUGUUCGCGAAGCCUGUUGUGAGUUCCUUCAAUGCCAAUUGCAUCCCACCAACUGUCUUGGGAUUCAACGCUUCGCUGACAUGCACGAUUGUUCGGAGUUGCUUCAAGUCAGUCGUCGCUUCACUGAACAGCACUGUGGGGAAGUGUUGGAGCAUGGAGAGGAGUUUCUUAGCCUGACCAAGGAACAGUUGAUUAGUUUAAUCUCAAGUGAUCAUAUUCGCGUGUCCGAGGAGCAGGUUUUUGAGGCUGCUUUGCGAUGGAUGCGACACGAUCCCGCAGCCCGUGGCACUCCCGAGGUAGCCGCGGAGGUUUGUGGUCAUGUGCGCUUCGGCCUAUUGCCACGGGACUACCUCAUUCGACUGUCCUUGUCGGAGGAGUUUUUGCGCGCUAAUCCAUGGUGCAAAGACUUUCUUCUUGAGGCUAUGGGUUUCCUCCUUUUACCAUGGGAGCAAAGACGGCGAAACAUCACUUCUGAACGUACUCGGCCUCGAAGUAUUGGGGUUCCAAAGACCCUCCUAGUUCUCGGUGGACAGGCACCAAAGGCGAUUCGUUCGGUAGAAAGCUAUGACUUUACCGCAGACACGUGGACAAGAUCAACGGCGAUUAAUGGCAAUUGUAGUGUUGGCGCUAUUAGCGAUCUUCCCACCCGUCGAUGUCGUUGUGGUGUUGCUGUGGUUGGUGGAUUGAUAUACGUAAUUGGGGGCUUCAAUGGGGCCUUGCGGGUCCGCUCCGUGGACAUCUAUGAUCCCGUCCGAAAUACCUGGCGUGCUGGACCCAGUCUCGAGUGCCGACGCUCAACUCUAGGCGUUGCUGUUCUUGAUGGAAUAAUCUAUGCAGUUGGAGGAUUUAACGGAACUCAUGGAUUCGCAUCGGUUGAGGCUCUAGAUCCCUGGUCGGGAACAUGGAAAUCAGUCGCUCCAAUGUCCGUUCCCCGUUCUUCCGUCGGUGUAGGCGUUCUCGGGAGGCGACUCUACGCUGUCGGAGGUUACGAUGGGUCCAGCAGGCGCUGUUUGUCAUCUGUGGAGUGUUACAACCCGCUCACAAAUCAGUGGUCAGCAGUUGCAGACAUGAAUCAUCGAAGGAGUGGGCCUGCAGUUACCGAUUUAGCGGCAAGAAUCUACGCCGUUGGUGGUCAUGAUGGACUCCUUGUGCGAUCCUCCGUCGAGUACUUUGACCCAAGAGUUGGAGUGUGGUGCAGUGUCGUGGAUAUGCAUCACGCCCGCCGGAACGCUGGAUUGGUGUCCCACAACGGGAUGCUUUACGUGGUGGGUGGAGACGAUGGAUCCACAAGCCUGGACACCGCUGAGACAUACGAUCCAAACCUUAACACAUGGACCGUCCUUUCCGGCCGCCUAAAUAUCCCUCGAUGCUAUUGCGGAGUAGCCCUCAUCGACUGCGUUGCACAAGUGGCUAACAUGUGA